UACUGAAAGGUGGUAGAGUUGGAUGCUGCUGCUGAUGGAGGAUGAUGAAGGGAAGCCAGGUGCAUUUCCUACCUCCAGAGAAGCAUACAAUAAAAGAGAAGAAACUAAUUAAAGGUUCACCCUCUGACUCGUCUGUUCCUUCAACGCACCAAGCAGAGAUGUUGGGCUCUGUCAGUCUUAAAAAGGAAGCAAAGGAUGAAGAGGAAGAAGUAAACACUCCACCAGUCAGGAUCAUCCCUAUCCCAGUCCAACCAGUGAACACCCCCAACCGCCCGACACCCAACAUGACUAUGAAGUCUGCAGAUUCUGCUUAUGGCUUCAGGGUAAAUGGUCGACACAUCCCCUUCCAGACUGUAGGUGGCAAGACAGUGUUGAGGCUGCGCAAUUAUCCUAGAGGUUCAGCCAGUAGCUUCACCACAAUCCAGAUGCCCGUCCACCUGACUGUCCGCAGUACGUCAUGGAACCGCCCUGUGAACACCACAGCCUCCUCGACUGCUAGUGUCACCCCUUCCUCCACUCCGGCUCCUCCCUCUGAACGCGCUCCUCCACCUGGAUCUGAGCCCAUCCCCAUCAUCACAGGUGUGGUUUCGGGUGAAGCAGCCCAGAAGGUUCUGAAUGAUCACAAUGUGGACUUCAAAUCCAGUCCACUGGAAACACAGAAAACUUCUCCCUCGGCUGACGCCUCUGCUACAAAACCCAAGAAACAACGGUCAAAAUCCCUUUCAAGCAACAAACUGACAGCACCUGACAAACUUAUACGAAAAGGUAAAGUCGGGCCGGUCACUCCUCCUAACUGUUCCAUAUGCUUAUCUCAGUACAAACUCAUUAAAGAUCUGCGAGGCUUCAUGUGUAUGUGCUGCCCUGCGAUUGCUCGAAGUCUUCAAAACCUAAGGAAGCAGAGGAUUAAACAGCAAAGGAGGAAGAGGGAGAGAAGCAAGUUUCUCAAAAUGAGCAGAGGGCUUCAGAUCUCCAGUAAAGUUCCAAAGAUUCAACAAGAACUACCUGCUGUGAAAUUUGCCACUCCUCAGAGGACUCGCAGAUUUUCUGAUGACUUCCUGUCAGACGAGUUGAGCAGCCCUGAUUCUGACACUUUCAGCCCGGUGCCUCUGGAUAAGUCCCCAUCGGAAGCUCCUGAGAGUAAACUGGUGAUAUUGUUGGAGGAUUUUUAUUAUGGCUGCGCCAAUGGAGUCGUCUCAGACAAGCUUCUAGAUGAGAAGUUCAAUCGACCAUUUCGCUGCAUCCACUGUUCCGAGACCUUCUUCAACAACAUCAAGUUGAUGGAUCACAUCCAGCAGCACACAUCAGAGUUGACUCAACAAAAAAAUGAUAUGGACUCGGUGUCCUUCUGUCCCCACUGUUUCCGAAAUUUCCCGUCUCCGUUCAGGCUGCAGUGCCACAUGGAGGUUGUUCACAGCCAGCGCGACUCAACAGUGACGUGUAAGAUCUGUGAGCUGGCGUUCGACACCGAGCCAGCCUUCAUGUAUCACAUGAAAAACACUCACAAACCGGGAGAGAUGCCGUACUCCUGUCAGGUGUGUGACUACCGCUCGUCCUUCUACAACGACGUCUGGCUUCACUUUAGGGCAGCUCAUGCCGACACUAAAAACCUGCUGUGUCCUUACUGCCUCAGAGUACUGCGCCUUAACGUGUGCUACCAGAAGCACGUUGUCCGCCACCAGAAGAAACACGUUCUCAGCUGUAACAAGUGUCGUCUUCACUUCCUGUAUCUUAAAGAGCGCAUCGAACACAUAGAGCUGCAUCACAAAACUCACGUCACACCUCCUCAGCUCAGCGGACUCAAACCUGGAACCAGGGUAACGGUCAGGACGUACUCUGGGAAUGGAGCGUCUGACGCUGAGGAAGCACCAAAGAAGCCGUUUGUUCCCUGCAAGGUGGUCGAGGUCACACCACCCCCUCCACAGGAAGAUGUCAAAAGGAAACCAUUUGAGAGUCUGGGGUCGCUUCUGUCUGGACUGAGUGCUGAAGGGGAUUUGGGCUCCUCUCAACGCUGCAUCGAGUGUCUGAAUUCAUUCCCAGACCUCAAGGUUCAUUUCCCAACUCUGGUUAACUGCUCGCUCUGCAAGUUCUCCACCUGCUGCUCCAACUCCUACGCCAACCACAUGAUCAAUAAUCACACCAACAUGGAAGCCUCCCAAUUCGCCACCAUUUUCCUGCCAAAUCCAAGUUCUUCACAGAUGUUACGAUGCUCAUCGUGCCAGUUUUCCACCUGCAAAGGAGACGCGAUGGCCAUUCACCUGACAGAGAGACCAGAUCACGAUUGCGUCAUGGCACCAGAGGACAGACUGGUUUCCAUCAAGUCAGCAGAUGAAGACUCGAGUCUGAAACAAGUCGUUAACUCUGAAAGUGAAAACACAUCCAGUAAGGGACAUGAAGGCUUCAUCCCGAUUCAGCUUGGUCAAAUGUCCCCCCAGCUGUCAGUCAAACCCCUCCAUUUCCCCGCCCCCUCAUCCUUCAAACCAGCCAUGACCAUCAAGUUUCUCAGGUCCGGACAGCCCAAGGCCCCCUGUCUGUCUCUGUCCCAGCUCUCUGUCGUCCUCUCGUCUCUGUGUCACGGCAUCUCAGAGACGUCUCGCCGUUACAAGACGUCUCCUGCGACCAUCCGGUCCUGGAUUGCGCAGCAGCAGCGCGGCCUGGCGCACAGGAAGUGGUGCUGGAGGACAGACAAGAUGGCGGAGUGGGUUCUGAACCGGAGGGAGCAGCAGCUGAUCGUGGGAGAGGACAUCCUGCUGCUGACGGCCAAGGCAGCGCUCGGCGAGGGCGUCAAGGAGGAGGAGCGUUACAGCUGGACGAUCGACUUCAUGCUGAGGCACGACCUCGGACUGCAGACCACAAACAACAACAAGCUGAAGAGCAUACAGGACAACAGCCGCACGUUCAUCCAUUCACUCUACGCACGGAUCCAGAGUGGAGUUCUGCCUCUUCACUGCUGGGGCUGCAUGGACGAGCUUCCUGUCUUCAUCGACUCUGACCUUUUCUCCAAACAAAAUUCGGCGUCCUUCCAGCUUUUCGGCUCACUCGAGGACAAGCCCACGUUUGACAUAAUCAUCUCGGCUCUGUCCGACGGCUCCUUCCUGCCCCCCCUGCUGUUCUUCACGGGAACUGCAUCAGACAUUCCCGAGGGGUUUCCUGACAACGUGCUGCUGAAUGCCCGAAAAGAAGGAUUUACUGACGAGGACCGUCUGGAAAUCUGGAUUGAUAAGGUGUGGCGCUCCCGCGUGUCUUCGAAACAUAACCGCAAUUCUCUCCUGGUGGUGGAUGUCCAUCGAGGUCACCUGAGCAACAAGUUUAAAGAGGAUCUGUCCACCAUAGACACAGACCUCGCCUGCAUCCCACCAGGCUGCAGCUGUCGUCUGCAGCCGCUCGAGAUCUGUGUGACGCAAGUGCUAAGAGACUUCCUGCAGGCGCGGUGGACUCAGCUGGUUUCUGACGAGGGUCUGGAUGGUCUGGGACUGGAUCAGCUGGCUCUGACUCUAGCCUGCUGGCUCAGCGAAGUUUCGUUCAUUCUGAACUCACAGAUGGACAUCCUGCGAAGAUCGUUCAGUUUGGCGUGCUGCCUGCAGCCCGGGGACGGUCAAGGAGAGGUAGCAAGGAUGAUCACAGCUCUGACAGAGUCCCUGAUCCAGCCUGUGGAGACUCAAGAACCAGGUCCUGGACCUAAUCACAAAACUGAACCAGAACUUCAGCUGGAGGUGAACGAGGAGAAAACUGAACCAGAACUUCAGCUGGAGGUGAACCAGGAGAAAACUGAACCAGAACUUCAGCUGGAAGUGAACGAGGAGAAAACUGAACCAGAACUUCAGCUGGAGGCGAAGGAGAACAGUGGCCCGGAGAGCUCUGAAGAGCAUCAGGAGGGGAACCAGGACCUUGCCAGCGGUCUGUCUGCUCUGCGUCAGGUGUUCAAUGGCGAGAGCGACAACGAGUCGUUUUACGGUUUCCCAGACAGCUGAU